AUGUCGCUCAUACCAGUUAUCCUCGUGACCUUCUUCCUGGUCUUUUGCUGCGCGGCUGGUCCGAUUGCUCCUUUUGCUUCCAAGAGAGACAUGGAGUCGCUCUCUCCAUCUCCUUCGCUCACUACACCUUAUGUGCACGUUGCCAGUCCUUCGGUCGAUGACGAUGAUGACGAUGAGAUCAACGCUUUGACUGUAGUUCCGGUCACUCCCUCCAGUCUGCCUCAGACUGCAUCCAGCUCUAGCACUACCGCUGAGCCGGUGCCAUCGAGUUCAGCUGCGUUCGUUCAAGUAUCUCCGACUACUACUACUCAUGUCGACUCAACUACCUCUAUGUUCGAGUCUUCCUCUGCAGCUACGCACUCGUUAUCUAGAAGUGUCUCGUCAGACAGCAUCGUGACUACCUUGUCGCUGACAUCAACGACUACAACCACAACCACAACUACACCUUCAUCUUCAGUACCCUACUCGCCUCCCUCGAGUGCAGUUCCAAGCUCUCCUACGACAAGUUCUUCGUCGCAGGUGGUGCAUACCACAACACCAUCGAGCACGCUUUCUGAGAGCUCCCAUAUUGUAACACCCUCAAUUAACAUGCCAGGAGGUCCAAUGGAAGGCUCGUCAUCUCACGCACCUAUGCCAACAACCUCUUCUCACAUCACACACGAGACGUCAUCCUCUGCUAUCAGAGUAUCACACUCAUCCAGAACAGCAGCAGAGAUGUCAAAAGCAUCUCCAUCACACCAGGGAACAAUCACUUCAUCUAGUAAACUACUACAUUCCUCCACUAUUGCACCCGCAUCAUCAAGCGCUGCUCCAGAGAGCACUACAUCAUCCCACACCUCCGAGACAUCAACGUCCACCAGCUUCACGAUUGGCGUCAUCACGCCUCUCCCAGAAGCCAGUGCUAGCUCUCCCUCAAUGCCUGAAAUGUCACCCUCCAGCGAGAGCACAACGACUACAGCCGAGGACACCUCAUCAACACCCACUGAAAGCCAGACAACCACACCAACCCCCCACACAGCCAAACCCUUCAUCGGGGUGACCAUACCCACGACAAGCACAACCACAACAAAGACCACCCAGCCAGCAGACCCAGUGGACACAACGACCACAACCACUCCCACACCAGAAACAGAAGACGCCACCACAACAUCCGCCCCAACCCCAGUCGUCGUACUAGUCACACCCGAAGGAUCAACAACAGUCAUCGGGACAUCCUCCUUCAUACCUUCUAACCCAGAUACCACAUCCACAUCUACAUCCACAUCAUCCCUCACAACAAUCAACCCAACCACAACAAAAGAACCCCCAACGACCCUCCACUUUUCAUCAACAACUAUGCAAACCAUCUACGUAGUAAUCACAGAUACACCCACCCCAGAACAAACCUAUGAUUCCACCACCAUUGCUACUGCUAUCGUUACUGUCGUUGAUAAACCAACCCCAACCCCAACCUCGGAAACUGUCCCUACCACAGCCAUAACAACAACAACAUCUGGGGAAGAGAAAAUGUCGACGACGGCGACGACUCCGUUAGAUGCAGAACAAACGUCAACGCAAUCUAGCGAAGAGGAUGAUGUGUCCACGUCCAUACCUACGGUAACUUCUUCCCUGUCUAGUGAGUCAGGUGAUGUUCUUCGGAUUGUGCCUGUGACGCUUACGGGUCCUGUUACUGUGACUGUUACGGUGACGGAGAGGGAGAGGGAGACUGUGACUGUGACGGAGAAGGAGAAGGAGAUGGUGACGAAGACGGAGACUGUUACGGAGAGGGUUACGGAGACGGAGAGUGUGACUACUUAA